UAUACUCACUAUAGAGAUAAUAUAAAAGAUGGCCGUGAAGCUGCGGAAGAGCACGAGCCGCGCGUCCUCGAAACAAAGUACGCGGGCUCGUGAAUAAAUUUUUCUUUUUUUUUCUUCCUUCGUUCGUUUGUGCAGGAGGUGGUGGGUGAUAUAGUUACCGCGCGGGAGUGGAUAAUCGACAUGUCGCACGUGCAGUACGUCGACGAGUUGGUGAAGGAGUACCUGCUGUUCCGGGGUUUUUCGCAGACUCUGCGAGCCUUCGACUCGGACCUCAAGGCUGAGAAGGAAAAAGGCUUUCGGGUUGACAAAAUUGUGGACCAGUUCAUGCAAUACAUCCACAGUCACGAUCUGGUUUCGUUGCGAGAGUUGUGGGGACACCUGGACACACGAUUGUUUUCGCGUCUGGAAAAUCAUUUCGCGCCCGUUAUUAGAAAAUUGGAAAAUGCCGUCCUAAAGAUGUACCUCGUCAGUGCAGUCAUAAACAAUAAGCCGGAAAGAGUUCAAGAAUUUUUCACAAAAAUGACGCCGGAAUUGCAAGGUCACUCCGAAUGGAGAGAGUGGUUUGCACUGCCUUACGUGAGGAAUCCAGAGGAAAAUUCGUCGUUUUCGGUGUACUUUAGCAGACAAUGGCAGGACACGAUGUUAGUUUCUUUACACAACUUUCUGGCGACUAUCUUCCAAUGUAUGCCAAUGCCAACUCUUUUAAUGAUUGACGAGGAUACAAACAAAAUAAGAAGGUUGCAGGAGGAGAACGAGAGACUGAGACAAAAGCUCAGUGAAAUGAUGAAAAUAGAGUCUAUAUUAGACGUCAACGCAGGACCAACUCCCCAGCAGCCACCGCUGAUGGACGAUUUUUACAUUAUAGCUCAAGAAUCUCCCAUAGUGGAUAACCCGAAAACGCUGAGGAAUCUCAUAAGGAACAUAGGCGGUGGAUCGAGUCCGAUUCUGAGUAGAAGAACCACUGGUAGUAUAAAAAAGCAUUCCGAAGCUGACGCAAACAUGACGAAGCGAGCCAAUGCCAAAAGUAGAAUAACUUCUUUGAGCAAGUCCGAGGCGGUGGCGAAAAGAAGCACAAGCUGUGAUUCAAGACUGACUAGGAAAAGGGACUCGUCCGUGGAUACCGGCAGGGAACCCAAGACCAACGACAAGUUAGACGGAAGCUACAUUCUUCUGAGCCAGGAGGAGUACACCGAGCACAAAACGUCCAUAAUUCAGUGUAAAAGCAACGCCAGUGGUUCGUACGUAGCUACGGGAGACGCGGACGGUAUCAUUAAAAUCUGGACGCCCAUACCGUCGCCCAAGACUGUAGCCACGUUCACUUCCUCCACGGCGAACUCGAAUAAAGCGGUGACGGCUCUCGACUGGAUAUCCAAAAACGAGCGGUACUUCAUCCACGGCGAUAACAACGGGGCUAUCCAGUUGCACGACACGCGCGACUGCAAGACGCUCUGGGAGAUCCAGCACGAGAGCUCGCGCAUAGUGUCCCUUGUCUGUAAUCCCACGGAAUCGAGUUUUGUGUGCUCUGUGUCCGAUCCAGCCGAGGGCAAGCUACUGCUGUACAAUAUAAAGACAAAGAGGGUCGAGCGUACCCUGCCACUCGAGCGGAGCUUGACGGCCCUCUGUUCGAGUUUCAACCACAACGGGCAGCUGCUCGUCACGGGUCUCUCGAACGGCAACGUGCUGAUCCACGAUCUGAGGAGGAACGAGAUUAUCGACAAUCUUAGCUGCCACUCGAGUCCUGUCAUCGACAUCGAGCUAACCAACGACUUCACGAACAUAUGCGCCCUCAGCGAGGAUGGCAAACUGUGCCAGAGGAGCUUGAGCCAGACCGGCAAGAUCGUCUGGGAGACGAAGAUCAAGAUCGAGAAGAAUUCCGUGCACGGAAAGCUGUUUACGUUCGACCAGAGUGGCACGCACAUGCUGCUGUGCACCCAAAGUGGAGGCAACAUAUACAAGAUGCCACCGCGACCGCAAGCUAAGAUACUCGAGCUGGGAGGUCACAAGGGAACAUUGUGCUGCGACUGGUCGAUGGCCAAUCAAUCGGGCACAUGUAUCACUGGCGGUGCCGAGGGUAGGGCGCGGGUGUCGACCCUUCUCUCACCAUGAUACAAAAAUAGGAUAAACAUUUGUAUAAACUCGUGAUAUAAAAAUAUAACGUAAGGAUAAGGACAACAGAAGAAAGAAAGAGAGAGAAAAAAAAAACUAAGUCAACUGACAACUGCGCAGUUUUUGUAAAUAAAAGCAGUAUUAUGGUGCGGCUGUGCGUCGUAUGCAUAAAUAUAAAUAUAUACAGAA